AUGAAUGAAAAAACGUUCUACUUUGUUCAACCAAAGAAGAGGCUUGGCCAUCCUUUACCAACUCACGACUCGCAAACACCAUUUAUAUCCUUGUUCAAUGGGAAAGAGCCGAUUGAAAAUGUAAAAUUCAGAUUUGAAUUGUAUCAAAGGAUAUGGGCUAGCCAAUUGGCCAAAAUUCAUUCCAUAUUAAAUAAUGCCAAUGACGAACUCUUUAACGACUUGAUCAAGUUUAUCAAUGAACCUAUUAGCGACAAGUUGUCCGUUGGUUAUGUGCAGCUCACUUCCAACGACGCAAACAAUCUUCGUAUAUUGAGUGAAUUUUAUGACUGUGCUGCCACCGAUUUCAACUUGAUAAAAUUAAACUCCAAAAACUGUCAACACAUCAAGGGCACAUUGAGAGAGAUUAUUAGACAAUUUGGAGAGUAUAACCAGUUGAAUGGAGACUACUUGUUGGGGUAUGACUUGGAUGUGUUGCAGGAUUGGUAUUAUGCCAAGGGUAGCGAUACCAAGACUACGGUUGUUGUAAUUGAAGACACAAACUUGUUUAGUACUCAGUUGUUGAACCAAUUGAUCAAGCUACUUCAGUCAGUGCAAAUACCGAUAAAGUUGCUACUCGCAUUAUCGUGUGAUACCGUAUCCUCAUGGGUCAAUAGCAAUUUGAGAAAUGAUUUACGGUUGAACUUGGACGGCUACAGAUUUAAAAGUAACGAUAACAAGAGCUUGGGGUAUAUCAUACUAAACAAUCUUUUUCUCACCCCGGAGCUAACUGAUGAGAACCCGUUGUUGAUCAAUAACACACUAAGCACAAUAAUUCUCAAUCGAUUUGAAAACUCAAACAAUUCCAUCGAUGCCUUGAUUUCAGAGAUAAAAUUGUGCUACAUGAUCUUUUUUUAUCAGCUGCCAUUGUCGAUCCUCAUUGCAAAGUUUGACUCGUCCAGUUUAUACAUUGAUGGAUUGAGAAAAACCCCCUCUUUUAAACGUCAUAUGGAGAUUAAACAACUGCAAAAUGAUCCCAUCGUCAAGCAAAUGCUUCAAGACGAUAGUAAAGUUGCUAUGUUGUUUCAUGAAUGCAAGAAACAGUAUCAAAAGCACAAACUAACAGUAAUGAACUCGAUCAAUGUCGUGUAUCAAUUACAUCCGGACAAACCAAAGGAAAAAUUCCAAUUGUACAAAUUACUCGUGAACAACAAAUUGUUCAACUCAAAAUACUUUCAUGAUUGUCUUGACUUGUCAAAGUAUCCAGAAGAAGUGCUACAUCGUAUUGUGCUGCAUUUAACCGAUAAUUGCCAUGAGUCGGUUGGUACCAUCACAGACAAUUACCUUGUUGAAUUGAGGAAAGGAUUAUCUACAAACACGUCAAACAUCACACCCGUUCUAGAAGCUUACUUUGAAAACCCAAUAUUGACCACUCCGCUCGAAUACAUGGUAUUCAAUGAAGUAUUUUCGCUCAAUGGAGGAAUAGUCCAUGCCAAGUUCGACAAACAACCCCUUUUUGAGGAAAAUCUCGAAAACCUCAUGAUCAAUCUCCUUCGACCUAAUUUGCGCCAAACACUCGAGUUGAGUUUAGACAAUUGUGAAUUGUAUUUGGCAAAUCCAUUGGUGCGCGAAAACGAACUCGAGAUAGAACAUCCAUUAAUCUGUGCAAUGUUUAAAGUUUACAAAGAGGCACCGGCAUCGAUAAACUUGUAUGAUUUUUAUCAAGCAUUCACAGCUUCACUAAACAAGCCCAAUAAUGUCAGUGAGGAUGAGUGGAAGAAAACAACAUAUUCUUGGUUUAUUCAAAAUUGCUUCGAGUUUAUGCACUUGGGAAUUCUACAAUUGAAAAGAUCGAGUGAAUACCUCGAAAAGGCAAUUUGGAAAGGUGUCUAA